CAGAGUCUACCAUGUUCCUCAUCCAAACAGUUUAUGGCACAUAGAUGGAAAUAUGCGGUUGAUUAGGUGGGGUUUUGUUGUACAUGGGGCCAUCGAUGGUAAAUCUCGCCUUAUAACCUACCUGAGCUGCAACACAAAUAACCGUGCCUCCACUGUGCUGACCCAGUUUGUGAAGGCAACAUGUCUUUAUGGUCUCCCCUCACGAGUGCGAUCUGACCAUGGGGGGGAAAAUUCACAAAUCGCCCUCUUCAUGAAUCUUGUUCAAGGGGUGGAACGAAGGAGCCACAUAACAGGAGAAUCUGUUCACAAUCAGCGCAUAGAACGGCUUUGGAGAGAUGUUUUCCUGCAUGUGCUCCAGUACUUUUACAAUUUGUUCUACACUCUAGAGGAUUUCGAGGUCCUUGAUCCAGACAAUGAUGUCCACAAGAUGUCCCUACAAAUUGUCUUCCUGCCAGAGAUCCUAAAGAGACUGGAUCUAUUCAGGAAUGGAUGGAAUCACCACAAAAUCAGAACAGAAAACAACAAAACACCUAUUCAAAUCUGGACUGCAGGAAUGCUUGCAAACAUGGAGGCAAACUGCAGAGCCAUCAGCAAUGUUUUUGGCGAGGAUCCUUACAGCACACAAACUCUAGAAGAGCUUUUGGCACAACAUGGUAUAGAAAACUUCCCUGUGACUUAUGACAACGAAGAUCACUUUCCAGCUGUAGUUGUGGAGCAACCCAGAAUCAAUCUUGACCCAUCAGCAGAAGCAAAACAUUAUGCAAGCAAUUGAGACUAUCUCAGAUACUACUGUUAAGUAUCAGACAUGCUGCAGAGAACUUGCAAACACAUUACAAGAUGGCUGAUAUACAUUUUAUACAAGAUGUUUUUUUAGCAAUGUGAACUCUUGAGUAAUAAGCCCAGACUCUUAAGAAAUGUCAUACUUGGAUCUUUUUGUAGGAUGUAAGCUGGCAGGCAACUAUACAUGCAUUAAUGUGUAUUACCUUCAAAAAAAAAAGUUAACAAAUUCUGUCUGUAUUCCUGAUUUUGGUCUGUAUUUUGAAAACAAAAACUAUUAAAUGCCUUCAGGCAAACAUCA